AUGUCCGUGAAUGAGACAAACGAGAGCUUGGCGGGUACUCCUGCUCCUGUACCUGGGGCUCCAGACUCCAAAAUCAACCAUGCCGCUUCAAUCAACUACUGGAAUAGUCUUCCCAGCACCUCGGCCGAGAUGCUAGGCAUGCUCGGGACCUAUCCCUGGUAUACACGCAUCGAGCUACAAGGGUCCAAGAACUUCUUGACAAAAGUUCGCCGAAUGAUACCCGCUCUUCCCCAGAGUGGAAAAUUCCGCCAAGGAGUGGACUGUGGUGCCGGAGUUGGACGUGUAACAGAAGGUUUCCUAAGCCAUGUCUGUGAAGUCGUGGACGCCGUCGAGCCAGUGGAGAAAUUCACGAAAGUCAUGGCGGAAAGCAAGCUCAAGGCUGAUGGUGUUGUGGGAGACAUCUACAUUGUCGGUCUGGAGAACUGGUAUCCACAGAAGAAAUACGAUUUGAUCUGGGUUCAGUGGUGCGUCGGACAUUGCACCGAUGCGCAAUUGGUUGACUUUAUCGUGAGAUGUCGCCAUGCGUUGACGGAAAAUGGGGUUAUGGUCUUGAAAGAGAACUUGUCGACCGAUCCACAGAACCAGGAUAUGUACGACGACUUGGAUAGCAGUGUAACGAGGACGGAUGGGAAGUUCAAACAAUUGUUUGCUGCUGCCGGGAUGGUUGUUAUCAAAUCUGAGAUUCAGACUGGAUUCCCUAAGCAGUUCAAGCUUCUUCCGGUCAAGUCUUAUGCUCUUCGACCCAAGGCUUGA